AUGCAGCCGCUGGCUCUGUCGUCCACUUUGCGGCGUCUGGGGGAGGAGGUGUCCAGGGUUCCGACCCAGCAGCAGGACCCCAGCGGCCCUCUGAAGACCAGGGGCCCUCCUCUACCUCCCUCUCUAUACAGGAGCCUCUGUCCCCACACACGUCUCCUCUCCUCCCUCAUCAUCCUCAGGACCAUCACCCAGGCUGACAUCUUAGCCCAGGUGUUGGACUCCCUCCACAGUGACCUGGUGUGUGUGGAUGUCCGGGGGCUGUUUCUUCAGUACGGGGGAGUGUCUGUCCUCCUAGCCCUGCUCCGAGGAGGGAAGGGGGGGCUGCAGACCCCCGUAGACAUCCUAAUGCAGCUCAGCACAGAGUCACGGUAUCUGUCUGAGUUCCUGUCUGCUUGCAGUACUGAAGAGUUCUUCCGUACUGCAGCUCUCCUUGUGAAGAACCCCAGACUAGAACUUCCUCUUCUGGAGAAACUCUCCAUCAUCCUACAGAAACUCUCCAAGAUCAGGAAGAACAGGCGGCUGUUUGAGCUCUGCUCUCUUCAUCUGCUGCUGCAGGAGAUGCACAGAACAACUGACCCUACACUCACCUUUUUGUCAUUGAACCUUAGCUCUAUACUACUCAAUCUGAAAUAACACACACGUAUAACCUUAUUGUGGUGGUGACUUUUUUCUUUUUCUUUAGUUUUGUAAUAUGUUUUUAUAUGAUCUUAACCUAUAUGUUGUACAUUGUUUUGAACAUGUUUACCAUCUGCUAUGAAAUGAGCAUCAUGUUGGGAGAGGCUAUAAUGUUUGUCUCAUGCAUUCUGAGGUAAAGAUGAUUUCACUAGGAAGCUUUUAAAAGCAAUAAACUAAGAAAUUAUGGGAAACAGUGUUUGAUUUCUCUGUCAUAUAGUUAUGAAAUACAUUAGUUUAUGUCACAUAUGUUUUCUAUAAACUAGUUUGUUUGUUAUGGACUAAAGCUGGAAGUGUUUAACGAGGCCAGAAUGGUUC